UCAUUCAAUCAUAAUCUUUUCCACCAGCACCACCACCACCACCACCACAGGCCAAGCCCCAGCCAUCAUCCUUUUUGCCUCUCCAAUAUCCUAUAAUCCCAAAGCAUUAGUGUUAAGUAAACAGUAUCUAACAACAACAGCAACAAAAAAGAGAGAGAGCCCUCACUUCAUACAUACAUCUCUCAGCAUAUAUAAAUUUGCAUCAGUUUCAUCAUCUUCCCCAAAUAUAUCCUUUGGCAUAUGCAGACAGCUUCAUCUCGAGAUUAAAAAUGUCAGCCCAGAUCAUACAUGAGCAGGUUUGCUACAUCCACUGCAACUUCUGCAACACAACCCUAGCGGUUAGUGUUCCUGGAAACGUGUUCAACAUUGUGACCGUGAGAUGUGGCCAUUGUUCUAAUCUGCUGUCUGUCAACUUGGGAGCUUCACCUCAAGCCUUUUCUUUCCAGAACUAUAACUUUGGAUCCCAAAGUGAUAGGUUGGAUCUUGGCUCCUCCUCAAAGUAUACUAGGAAUUCCUUGAUGUACUCGAUCCAGGAUGAUCAGCAAUUUGUGGCCUUACAUGCUCCAGAGAAGAGGCAACGUGUUCCAUCUGCAUACAACAGGUUUAUCAGGGAGGAGAUACACAGGAUCAAAGCCAGCAAUCCUGAUAUCAGUCAUAAGGAAGCUUUCAGUGCUGCAGCAAAGAAUUGGGCACACUUCCCUCACAUUCAUUUUGGGCUGAGCCUUGAUGGUAGCAACAAGCAAGUGAAGCUUGAUGAAGGCAUAGGAGCACCAAGGGGAGGAAAAGGCCCUGGCUUCUAUUAAGAAUAUAUAUAUAUUAUAUAUAAUUGAUCAUAUGAUCAUAUUACUGGAUGUAAUUCCAUAUUGAACUUUGAUAAUGCAAUAUGACUUCCUACUAUUGUUAGAAAUAACUGAUAUUUAUUUGAGUGCAUGUCAUUUCAUUUCA